AUGGGAUAUGUAACAUUAAUGUGCGGUGAUGGAACAAAUGAUGUUGGAGCUUUAAAGCAAGCACAUGUUGGUGUUGCACUGCUCAAUGAAGCUACUACAGUUCGUAGUUUAUUGGAUCUAUUGGAUACAAAAAAACCAAACCCUAACGGUACAAUUAAUCGUUCCGCCAAUCGUGGAAAUCGUUCAGAUAAAAACACUGCGAAUUCAAAUGUAAACAAUAAAACUACAGCUUCUUCACGUUUAGCUUCAAGUUUGGCUGCUGUUGAAGAACAAGAAGCAUCAGUAGUCCGUUUAGGUGAUGCUAGUAUAGCGGCUCCUUUCACUGCUAAAAUGUCUUCUCCUUCAGGAGUGUGUGAAAUUGUUAUGCAAGGACGUUGUACUCUAGUGACAACAUUACAAAUGUAUAAGAUAUUGGCAAUUAAUGCAUUGAUAACAGCCUAUAGUUCAUCAGUUUUAUUCUUAAAAGGCUUUAAAAUAUCCGAUUCUCAAGCAACUAUUCGAGCUCUUCUACUAUCAGCGUGUUUCUUGUUCAUUUCACGGUCGAAGCCGUUGAAAACUCUUUCACGUGAACGUCCUAUGCCGAAUAUAUUCAACUUGUACACAUUAUUAACAGUAUUUCUACAGUUUCUUGUCCACUUUUAUGUAUUGUAUGCUUUAACAAUGGAGGCAGAAUUACGAAUGCCUAAAACGGAUGACGGAUUUGUGGAUUUAAAUGCUGAAUUCGAACCUUCAAUUCUAAAUACUUUGGUGUAUUUGAUUGCAACUGGAAUGCAAACUGCAACAUUGGCUGUGAACUAUGCCGGACAUCCAUUCAUGGAAUCGUUAACUGAGAAUAAACCAAUGUUAAUCUCUUUGAUUGUUGCUGUUGUGGGACUUCUGGUUCUGCCUUUUCCUCCAUUCGCUGGCUCACUACAAUUAGUCAGUUUGGAUUCUGAUCUUCGUAUCGUAUUUUUCAAGCAUUGA